AUGAGAGCCUCAUCGACCAGCCGCAAAGUCUCGGACGCCGAGGCGCGCUGGGUCCUUCUUCCUGACAUGAAGAUCGAACGUGGCCCACUCGGUGGUCCCGAACCCUCGGUGCUUGUUGACCAAUGCAAGAAGAAGUGCGAGGACGACCCAAAAUGCAGCAGCAUCUCGUUCCAGGCGACGACAUGGCCCAACGGCGUGUGCACCCUCUACGACAGCACGCCCUCGCUCACGCCAGCCACUGCAACGUAUUCUGCCAUUCCGUACCCGGCCAAGUACACGUGUACGCUCGGCGAGUAUACCGGACGUGACGUGAACAAGCCCAAAAGAGAGGUCGCCAAGUGCAGCCUUGAAAACUGCGCGCGCCGUGCCAGUCAAAAUGCAGGCAGCAACGGCUUUGCGUGGGUGGCACAGACAGGCACAUGUGUUCUCAAGUCGAUCCCAGAGCCCGCGAGAGUGAGGAACACGGACCGCGCGACGCUCACCUAAAGUGUAGUACAAUUGUAGUGGUUAUUGGCAGAAGACUAGGCGAGCGAUGCGGCGACAAUGACCUCGCGAGCAGCCUUGGCUACGAUGGCCGCCG